AUCUUCAAGAGUGCAGGGAAGCAUGCUUGAAAAAUUGUUCAUGUAUGGCUUCAUCAAAAUUAGAUAUUAGAGGACAAGGAAGUGGAUGUGCCCUUUGGUUCGGUGAUCUGAUUGGUAUCCGGCAGGUUUCAAAUGGUGGCCAGGAAAUUUAUAUACGGAUUGAGGCUUCAAAACAAGCUGGAAGGCAUGUUUUUAAUGCAGUCUUAAUAAGUCUAAUCUCCGUGGCUGUGCUUUUUGGGUUGGUUCUCUUUCGCUACUAUCUUUUUCAGAGGAAGACGAAGGUUAAAGGGAUAGUACUCGGACGAGAUAACUAGACCAGUGAAGGCCCCCAAGAAGACCUAGAGCUACCGUUCUUUGAAUCGGCAACAAUGGUUAAUGCUAUUGAUAACUUUUCAUCUAACAACAAGCUUGGUGAAGGAGGGUUUGGACCUGUU